GACGCUCUGUGGUCAGUCUUCAACUCGCUCGACCCCGUACUUGGCUCCCCGAAGACUGCGGGCCUCGAGGCGCGGCACAGCUAGGCUAGCGCGAACCGUUAGGUGAAAACAUAUCUAGCAUCAAGCUACCUCAUCGCCGGUUUGAGUUCCCUCAGCAAUUUGGCAGGAGGGGCACUCAGCUCUGAAGGCUCUCUUCAAGACGUCUUUCCGGAAGUCUAGCCGCAUCAGGACUGUCGUUGAGCCCAUUGCACACCCGUCGAUCCAGUACAGCGACGGCCUCUGAUUCGCAAUUCAACAUGGUUGCCGCUGCGCUUCCUGAGCUAAUCGGACCAUCCUAUAGCUGGGACACGCCCUUGACGAAGGAGCCUUUGACAGAUGGCAUUCUUUCGCGGAUACGCUCCGUCUCGCUCACCUUCGACGAAGCACUCUCACCAGACUCUGUUCGGAAAGCAGUGAGGUCGAUGGGCAACAGAGCAAGUAUGGCUCCUUUGGCGGUGGCCGGAUCAGCAGUCAACCCUUACAAUCGGUGGGCGCUCAAGUUCAGCUGGCUCAGACCUAUUGCUCCUGUGUCGGUCAGACAUGCUGCGCAUGGAAGAGGUUUGCUGCCAGAGACGUGGGAUAGGAAUCCUUUCAUCGCUGCCGUUGGGAGCGGCCUGGCGGCGGGCUCAGACCUAGUCUACGGCGGGUCAACCAUUGGCGACCACGCCACGUCAUCAUCUUCAUCGACAGCGGUGCAUUCGUUCAGUCGCACAUUGCCCCCUCCUCACAGAGUUUUGUUGCUCGUCGCCUUGGGCUUAUUCUGCUGGUGGGCAAACCUUAGAGGACUGAGGAGGCUUGGACUCGAGAUCAGCCCAGCUUCGUCAUCCUCCAGAAAUACAGCAAGCUCAAGCGCAGAGGACAGGUCAGCGGUGCCGAUGAGCAACCUGUCUUCCAGCGUGGGCGCUCUCAGCUCCAGCGCAACCUCGCCCCCCCUUCCUGCUGGAAGUCACAUGACUUCAGCGUCCGUGGAGCCCUUCACCUCUAGUGCAGGACGUCCUGCAGCACAAACUUCUGUCUCCACAUCGUCAUCAUCCCCAGCGCUUGAGCGUAGGGUGCUCUCAUUCGCGCUCAUAUACUUUCUCUGGGCGAUGGCUGGCUGGUUGACAUACAGGAUAUAUGUGGACCUCUUGGCUGGCGAUCCGAAGGGUAGACAUGCGCAGGUGCUGCAGGGCAUCACUGUUCUGGGUGCCGUUGCGCUUGCCGUUUGGCCUGGCGAAUUUGCAGCCAAGUGGACAAGAGUGGACUUUGGGAGACACCUUCUCCACCUGCUCAGACCGACGCUCGCACAAGGUCCCACGUUUCCAGACGUGCUAUUGGCAGACAUUUUGACAUCUUUUGCAAAGGUGCUAGGGGAUGUGUGGUUGACUGCUUGCUUCCUCUUACCGCGACGAAAUCAUCACGAGUGGUGGAAUGGAAGGGGAAGUUUGAUAGUGCCCUGCUUGGCUACGCUGCCUUACCUGAUUCGAUUUCGGCAAUGCAUAGCAGAGUAUCUCGUCUCGGCACCCGUACCGGGGUCGAAUGCCAGCUCGGGCAGGUCCACGCGACCCUUGGCCAACGCCUUGAAGUACGCUUCAGCGUUCCCCGUUAUCUGGUUGUCUGCGCUGCAAGAUUCAACAGCUGGCACAGAGAGCUCGCCGGAUGGGGUCAAGGGUGUAUACGGUCUGUGGCUGCUUGCCGUUUUCGUGAACAGUUUCUUCUCAUUCUGGUGGGAUGUCACAAACGAUUGGGGGCUAGACAUGCUCAGGCCUAGCGCGUGGCCUCUACCCAGAGCGCUCGGCGGACAAGGAGUUCAAUUUUCGACCAGCGGUUACUCGUUGCUGCCGGGCACAGGAAGCACGCGUAGCGCACCAACCUUCCACCGGAGAGGAUUGAGCUCGCUGCCGGUUGGCACAGUACCCUCGCCAAACGAGAGCGACCUGUCGUCAGACCUUCAGCCCAAAGAGAUGGCGAUAGAUCACCAGUCCAGCGUCUCGGUGUCACCUAGCAACAGCAGCACGACGCUUCAUCGCUCUGUGAGCGGAUCGAACACCUCCCAGAAAAACUUUCUCCGGCCGCCCAGCUUGAGUAGCUCGUCGCAGGCCGGUCACCAUCGGAGGAGAUCUUCGAUGUUACGACCGGCUUCCAAACCGAUGCUAUUCCACCCAUGGGUGUAUCAUCUGUCCAUACUGCUGGACCUGCUUCUGCGUUUCACCUGGUCACUGAAGCUCAGUAGUCAUCUGCACCACAUUGUGGAGCUAGAAGCCGGCGUGUUCUUCCUGGAGGGAUUGGAGAUUGUCAGACGCUGCGCUUGGGUUUUCCUCAGAGUGGAGUGGGAGGAGGUGAAGAGGGGCAGCUGGAACAGGCGUGUACUGACCGGUUCAGCGCGGCAUGCUGGAUCUGGAUCGCCUCGGUCCGAUAUGGCGAGGAGAAGAGAGGAUCACAAGGACGACUCUUGAUGACCCCACAGCAUUGACUCAUUCUAGCAUGCCUGCCCGCCAUACGACAAAGCACUCGUUCUGCACACU